CACGAUGAUGACGAAGGUGGUGACGUAGUACCUCAAUGCUCGUGUUGGCAGCGGAGCAGAAUUUGAAACCGUGGAACCGGCGGACAAGAGCUGAAUCCAAGAAUCGUAACCGAUUUACCUCAGUAUGGACUAACCAGACAAGCGUGCUUAUUCUCUGUUUAACUUCUUUUACUAUAGUUUAUCACAGAUAGUUUGUCCGCUAAACUACAGCUGCUGUUCCCGUGAGAAGAAAAAGAGGAAGUCCCUUCUAAACUUUAGUGUAGUGAUUUACUCCUGUAUGAAACAUAGCUCUGUCUGUCUGCCGGUGUGUAUUUUCAACAAAAUGAUCUCUUUUUGGACGUUUGUAUAAAUAAAGGACAGAGUUUAUUCUGGGAGUUUAAGCGGUAUCGUUGAGGGCUAAAUGAGCUAAUCUGUGCUAGCUGGAGGCUCUUAGCAUCGUUUAUCGUGUUCAAACUCAACUGAACUCACUCCACUGAAGCCAAUUCAUUUAUUGUCAACUCUUUGUGAAUAUCUGCGAACUAAACACUCUUUCUGAAGCCUUUUCACUGCUGACGGCGUGAACACCGUGAAGAGGCCGGUGGCAGUGGGUGUUUUUUUUUCCUUCCUGGUUGAGUCUGAACAUGAGCAGAGUGCUGGUUUAGUGAUACUCAGCGGUCUGCAGACUCACUGGACACUCGCUGGCGGAGAUGGCUCGGAGGAGGCUGGACAGUCGCAGUGGAUCCUCGGCUCUGCUGUCAGAGAUCCACACUCACAUCCACACAGAAGCGCUGGACGCCGUGUUUGACGUGGACAACGAACUGGGCAGGGGGAAGUUUGCAGUUGUGAAGAGGUGUGUGGAAAAGACCACUGGGAAAGUCUUUGCUGCGAAGUUCAUCAAGAAGCGGCGACGAGGUCGUGACUGCAGGGCGGAGGUCAUUCAUGAGAUCGCUGUUUUACAGGUGUCAAAGAACAACCCCCGUGUGGUGAACCUGCACGCUGUAUAUGAGACCGAUCACGACCUCGUUCUAAUGCUGGAAUAUGCGGCGGGUGGUGAGAUAUUUGACCACUGUGUAUCAGAGGAGCUGCUGCCUGAAGGUCAGAUAACCCGUCUGAUCAGACAGAUGCUUGAGGGAAUUCAUUUACUGCACCAGAGCAGCGUGGUCCACCUGGACCUCAAGCCCCAGAAUAUUCUCCUGACGAGUCUGAGCCCACUGGGGGAUAUAAAGAUAGUGGAUUUUGGCUUGGCCCGCAGGUUGGGCUCUGCUGGGGAGCUCAGAGAGAUUCUGGGAACCCCUGAGUAUGUUGCCCCUGAGAUCUUGAACUAUGAACCAAUCACCACGGCAACAGACCUCUGGAGUGUGGGCGUGAUCACCUAUAUGCUGGUGACAGGAGAGUCUCCUUUCGUUGGCGACGAUAAACAGGAGACCUUCCUAAACGUAUCCCAGGUGAACGUGGACUACAGCAGCGAGGCUUUCUCAAGGGUGUCUGAGCUGGCUGUCGACUUCAUCCAGAAACUGCUGGUCAAAACACCAGAGGAUCGUCCCAGUGCAGCUGACUGCAUGACCCAUCCUUGGCUGUGGCUCCACUGUCCAGGUUCUGAUCCGAUCCCAGUUACCCCUCGCACUCCCCGGGAAAGGAGUGGGAAGUGGUCCGCACCACCCGAGGAUCCUGAAGACAAAGAGAACAUUUCAGACUCACCGCACGCCAAGAGGUUUCGUUUUGAGGAGGACAUGUCAGCCACGGGCGACGGUGACCACUUAUGCUGAUCCGAAAGGGAAAUGCACAUGCACUGAAUAGCAUUGUCACAUUUUUGGCCUUUUUGGUGGCCUCCACACAGCACCAGCAAACAUGCUUCUGUCCUAAUGCUGUUUUCACCAUCCUUUGCCCGACCAAAGAUGAUCUUUUUACAAAAGGGCCAAAUCUGGUGUAAUAUUAAUAUUAUAAUAGUGAGAAUCUAAGUAUCUAUGUUGCUGUCCUGUCUCAAGAUGCUUUUUCCUGGCGUCUUUGGAUUUUAAAUUAUUAAUUUGAAUAUAUUCUAUUUUAAUUGCCAUUUUGUAUCGAUUUUAUUUUCUGUUAAUCUAAGCCCAUAUUAAUCUCAACACUAUUUCCAUAACUGCACUUAAGGAAUUUUCCACAAUAAGGGAUUUGAAAAAGACGGCAGGGCAUUCGGUGCUUUUUAAUUCUGCUUUCACUGAAGAGAAUCUUUACUCGUUGUGUCUCAACAUCAGAAAGAGUUUGUAUGAUUAGACUGUGUUGAUUCUGAAACACCUAGUGAGAUGGUCUCCUUUAAAAAGCUUCAGUACAGGAAUGCCCUCGGUGUAUGGGUGUGUUUUUUGUCUUACAUCCUCUUCUUUCUUGUGGUAUUGACACAUUAGUGGGCUCCAUAAAAAUGUGACUCAACUCAAACAUGCACAACACACCCUGGAUUACACAAAUAUGUGUUUGUAUUGGUCAUAGAACUUCCUCCUAGAUAAUGACUAAAGAAAAGAAGGGAAGCACUUAAACCCAUUAUUUUAUGUGUUUGUGUCACUAAAAUAUGUGAAAAUAAAUGUAACAGCAUUAGAUAUAGUAAACCAAAUGUAUCUGUUGAUUUUAAAAUCAUUCUUGUUUUAAAUGUUUCCUUUUUUACUGCCAACAUAUUGUAUAAUAAACUAUUGUUAAGCACCAUUCUAGCAUUCCCCCAUGGCAGGCACCUAAUAUCUCAGGGCCUGUGAUGGUCAAUGAUGUACAUAUUCUUGAAAUGACAGUUUUGAUCUAUGCACCAAUCCGAGGUAACUCAGGGGUUUUGUUACCUUUUUUUUUUUUGUACAGGUGUUUUGAAGCUAAUGCUAUUUACUGCUGGAGGUUUCAGUACUCGUUCAUUCCGAGCCUAGUUCUCAGGGUUAGCUGUAACUGCUGUUUACCACUGUAUAUUUCUUGAGUGCCUUUGUGCAUUUUUUCCUCUAUGCGUACAGCCUGACUUCAUCUUCUGUAAUACCAGUGCAGCACAUUUAUGUGGAUGUAUUAUUAUUAUUGGUUAUCCUGUUUUAAUUGAGAUACUGGUACACACUUUAAACUGAUGGCCUGGUGUAUUUAAAGUAAAUUAUUUGUAUGUGCUUUUGGUAAUGGGGUAUAUAUUAUAUUCAGUGGGAUUUAAAAAGGAAAAGUUUUAUUUAUGGCCUUGGAUUAUGUAGGGCAUAAAAAGAUGGGUUAUCAAAGUUGGCUGUUUUUGUCAAAAUGAUAUGGUUAUGUCCUGAUAGUGAAGCAUGUUUGUUGUGAUGAAAGUACAGGAUGUGAAUUGUGAAAUGAAGGCAAAUGAAUGUUAUGGUGGAAAGUAGUCUGCUCAUCAGAAAGUGUGUAGAAAUACAACUGGAACAGCUUAUGGUUUAUUUGUGUAAUAUUUUGUUGACAGCUUUCCUGAGUGGCUGUUAGAACUGGAAAUGUUAGAAUUGCAGAAUUCAGUCUUAAGGUCGAGCCCUUUGGUUAUUGUUCUCUGUUUAAAGAGGUGUGAAGAGCUCGUGUGUUUGCGUGCUAAGGGUCUUACGGUUUCCCAGAGAUGUCACCAGUCUGCGAUCAUAAUAGGGCUAUUGUCUCCUAAGUCGAGAGGCUCUUGUCACGAUCGUGUGCUCACUGUAUGCCGUCAUCUUAAAGGAAACUUGAAUCUAUUCCUUGCCUGGGAAACAGCCUCAAUAAUGUUUAAAGGUUCCAUGAGGUAUUUGAAGCUAGAAUUCAAUAGAGAAUAGGCCAGGCUUUGGAGAGCAUUUCUGAGCAGUCACUGGUAUUUGCAGAAAGCUUGUGACAAACUUUGUAAGGACAAUUAAGGGAUCAACUUUCUUGAUUCUCUUACUGUGUUAGGCAGGAUUAAUGAAAACUGAUAGGAAGAUACUUCAUUUCAUGAUGAAAACUGUGUAUUUUGAGUUGUAUGCGGCAGAAUAAAUGAUGUUCAUAUGAUUUACACAAAUUCUAAUAAAGCCAUUGAUUAUAGAUUUGUAAA